CCGUUCGCCACGCGCGUUCUCCCGUCGUACAAAAUAUAUAUAUACCGUGUGUGUGUAUUUGUUUGUGUGUGAACUUUUUUUAUUUGAUUUCGACUAAAGCCAAUAAAAAAUUUUGGAAAAAAUAACCGCCCGCGAUUGUGUAGUAUCUGUACUAGAAAAAAAAAAUCGGUGACGAAAAUUAACAAAUAUUGUCGUCGCCGUUAGUUGUGUGUGUAUAAACUAUAAUAUAUAAUAUAGUCGGGGUCGUGUUCGGGAUAGUGUUUAUAAUAUAUACAUAUACGUAUUAUAUGAUAUUAAACGAAUCGUUUUUCCACCAUUAAACACUCAUUACCAGGUUACCAGCAAGUCGAUUUGUGUGCAGUUUUUGUUUCGGUUUUUCUAGUUAACCUAGCUUUUCGUAGACCGAGACGGUAAAACGUAGCGUACAAUUUGUUUGCCCUUUUUAAGAGACACGGUAUUGUUACAAUAGCGUCGGAGUAACAAUAUAAUAAUAUUAUAUUCUUAUUGUCACGGUGUGAUGAUGUCUGCGAAGAUGUUCGGUCGCACCGGCUUCGGGCCGUAGUCCGGACUUGUUGUGUGUUGUACUCGUGCGACACAUUGGGAAGACAUCGGAGACACAGAAACCUUUUCACUGUGGUGUAUAAUAUAUAAUACAUAACAUAGCUGUGUACCCCCACACACACACAUACACAAAUUGUAUUGUAUAUUUUAUUAAAACAUGGAAGACCUAUACAUUUCUACGACGACGGCCGCGGCCACCAACAACAACGUGAUGGACGACUUGCCCAAAAAGAAAUGGAACGGCGGUCUGACCAUCUUGAAGGAACACGCCGUGGUCGAUGAGUGCUACAGAGAAGACGGCGGAAAACCGCCUAUCCUGCCGGCAGACGACAAGCGAAGGAACCGCAGGAAGUCCUGGCAAAUGGGACGUUUGGACAAAAAGCGCAGGAAGAGCGUGUCCGUGCUGUCGCCCAUACCGGACGCGGAACAGUGCGGUCUGGCUGGCAGUUAUUACAAGACCAAACGACCAAGCUGGUGGAACAUCUUCACUGCCGACCAUUGGCCUCGUUCACGAAGAAAUUCAGAUUUCGCCGGCACCACAAGUGAACGUAUUCCGUACAAAAGAGGGAAGAGUCGCAGCGUGGACCAUGGACUCACGUCGCCAUUCGAUUUGGAUUCUCUGCGCAGCAAAGUCGAGGGCAGAUUCGAGAGCGUCGACAAACUCAACAGAGAUUCAGGUACGGAUGGAGAGAGUCAGAGCAGCAGCAAAGAGCGGCUUAGCGAAAGAAAAAUGCAUAAGCCACCACCUAUUGCCACCAUUACGUACAAGGUUGAAGCGUCAGAUACUCUGGCUUCAGUAGCGGCCAGGUUCGACACAACCCCGUCAGAGUUGGCUAUACUGAACAGACUUCCAUCGCGCACAGUAUUUCCUGGACAAAUUAUCCGUGUUCCAGAUAAGAAACGAUCGUCAGUGUCUGAAUCCGAUGCAUCACAAGGUGCUCUUAGCAAUCUCGAUGUAUCCGAAACAAACAGUUCCACGUCAGCAGAAGGAGAGAGUAAAUCGGGACUAUCGACUGGAAAUGAUAGUAGAGAUGCCAGUAACAGAAGAGAAGACGAUAUGUUGGACUCUUUGCGUCCAUCAUCGCCGAAGUCUGGACAUCAGGAACACACGGGUUCCUCGGCGUCGCCUUCAUCAGGCAGGUCGCACACGCGCGGUGUAGAAAGGUUCCUCAAAAUUAAUGUUCGACACAUCACAGAUGGACAAGGUGUCGUUGGCGGCGUGUUACUGGUCACUCCUAAUGCGGUCAUGUUUGAUCCAAACGUUUCUGACCCAUUGGUAAUUGAACAUGGACCUGAAUCUUACGGUGUUAUAGCUCCCAUGGAGUUUGUAGUGAAUGCGGCCAUAUAUUAUGAUAUAGCGCACAUGAGAGUCGCAGGACCGUAUCAAGCUUCAGGACAUGAAAAUGAUAAUAUCACAAAGCCUGCAAUUUACCACUUGCCGCCCGCUCCAAAACCAGAAAUACCGGAAGAUGGCGAGCACAAGUCGUCAGCAAUGUUAACUACUAUGCAAACAGAUUCAUUGGACAGCGCAACACUGGAUUUGCAAAUAUCUCCUGGAGGUAGAACCGAUUCGCUUUUAGCUAAAGACGAAACUUUUCCUGAACUAAGAUCGUCCACGGAAGACGAAGAAGAAGACGGAAGUGUGUGUUCGUGCAAUGCUCGGCGAAAUGAUGGAGCUGCUUUUCCUAAAGCGUUUGAUCGUGAUUUAGUAACACCAAGUCCUAUGAACAGGUCCAGCGAUGCUUUGAAGAAAUCGGAUAAAGAAUCGGUCACUGAAAAUAGUGGCAAUGAAGACGAUAGGCCGUUGUCUUCAUUGUCUUCAGAACAGGACGGUAUUUGUAGUAUACGUAAUAUGGAACAGCGGAGGCAGUCAUCAAUUGAUCAACACUGGGCUAUGCCGAAUAAAGUUAGAUCUUUGGACGAUGAACCUCCAGUACACCAUGAGGAACAACCGGCUGCUGAUGAGUCUGAGCCAUCCACUUACCUAGUAAAGCAGUCUUGUCACGAUUCGGGUAUUGAUAUCAGAGAUCCCCCAGUAUUGUCUGUCCCUCGUAAGACAGUUUAUUCCGAUGCAGAUAUACUUUUGUCGGAAUCGGACUUUAUUCCACCAGUGCCUGUUGUGCCGCUAUCGACCGAUCACCUCAGCGAUGCGGUUAAUCUGCGUAAAAAGAAAUCUACAUCUGUCUCAUUUAGCCUAGAAGAUUCUAAAGAACAAGACACUUCUGCUCCUGUUGAAGUGCAGCAAAAGGUCGAUGAACAAGCUGACAAACAAGCUCAAGACACCAAAAAAAAUAAGAUGUUAAAAAGACUUUCAUAUCCUUUGGCUUGGAUGGAAGGAUUCACGGGCGAUAAAGAUUCUGAAAAAGAAGGUUCUUCAGUACCGUCUUCUGCCGAGUCGUCUCAUCUAUCCCAUUCAUCAAGCGUAUUUUCCAAAGUGUUCUCAAGCUCACCGAUAAACAUGGUGACUGAUUUCGGUUCGGGUCUGUUCCUAAUGAAAACGCCGAGUGAGGAGAGUGGGCGAUUCCAGUUUCCACCGGCUCAGGAUUGUUCGCCCGCUCCGUCUUCGGCCACCCCGCCUAAACGGGAAGGUCUCGCUAGCUUCUCGCCAUCGUCAAUUAUAAACAGCGUGGGGCGUUCAUCUGUUACUACGUUUAUACGCCAACAACAACACGGCUCUAAUAGCCGGUCCGACAGUCAAAAUUCUACAAAAACUGUACCUCCCAGAUUGGAUUACCGAAGUAUGGUAUCUGUAGACGACAUGCCCGAGCUCUUUGUGUCUUUCGAUAAACUCAUACCAAGACCUGUAACCACAUUUGAAGAACCAGCUCCUUUAUAUUUGAGGCUCAGAAUGGGUAAACCAAAAGAUAAGAAAAUACCAAAGUCAACCCCGAUAAUGUCGUACGGCAAAAAAAAAAUGAAACCGGAGUAUUGGUUUAGCGUUCCUAGAAACAGGGUGGACGACCUGUAUCGUUUCCUUAUGUUGUGGGUGUCUCAUUUGUAUGGUGACCUUGAUGAAGAAGUCGUGACUGGUCGCGGUUUCGAACUUGUUGAGUCAGACACGGAAUUAUGGGAAGAAGCUGAAACUCCACCUGGCGAUACCAGCGAUAAGAAGCUGGACAGGAAUGAAAGCGAAGCCGGUGAUCUCACACGGGAAUCUUGGGAGGUGUUAAAAGCGCCGUAUUCGAAAUUGUACUCGUUGCUGAAGACUCAAGCCGAUCAGUUCGGAUCGUCAGAUUCGCAGGCUAACAACGAGGUGCUGUCUAUGAGCGAUGAACUGCGGCGAGCGUUUUACGCCAACAGCGUCAACUCGUUGGAUUUCGACUCUUACAUACCGGAAUUGCACGGCACCACCGAGAUACUGACCGAAGAGCACCGCAAACAGUUGAGCAGGCAUUUGCCGGCCAGAGCAGAAGGAUACAUGUGGUCGUUGGUGUUCAGUACCCUUCAGCACGGAUUCUCCUUGAACUCCAUGUACCGGAAAAUGAGCAAAAUCGAAAGCCCCAUUCUCCUAGUCAUACAAGACACCCAAAACAACGUAUUUGGCGCUCUCACGUCGUGCGCGUUGAAGAUGAGCGAUCAUUUCUACGGUACUGGCGAAUCGUUGCUGUAUACGUUCUGCCCCGACUUCCAGGUUUACAACUGGACCGGCGACAACAUGUACUUCAUCAAGGGCAACAACGAGAGUCUUUCCAUCGGAGCCGGAGACGGUAAAUUCGGUUUGUGGCUCGACGGUGAUCUGAAUCAAGGAAGGACCGAAGCGUGUAACACAUACGGUAACGAUCCUUUGGUGCCAGAACAGGACUUUGUUGUCAAAAUUCUCGAAUGUUGGGCGUUCCUAUAAACCAAAUUUUAAACCACUUUACGGACACAAUUCACAUAUUAUUAUUAUUAUUUUUUUUUUAGGUGCUAAAUUAUUAUUUUAAAAUCUUGUUAAGUAUUAAAACAUAAAAACAAAAAAUCCAAAAAAAAAAUCAACAAUUUAAAAAGAAAUAAUAUUAUAAUAACUUAUUUAUAUAACCGCACCAACUAUUUACCCCUGGCGGCCCUCACACUUGUCUGUCGUACCUGUUUGUACAUAAGUAAAAAAAAAAAAACAAAAAUUAUAGAAAGUAUAUAGGAAAACUAAACUC